AUGGUUCGCCGCGUAAAGGCUUCGCGGGCCGUUGGUCCAGCCGUGCUCCCGACACCCGUGCCUUCGAACCAGGCCACCCCCCUCAGCUCGGCCUAUCCGUCCACUUAUGCCUCGGACACCGAGUGGGCCGGCGAUGUAGAAAGCAUCCCUAUCGGUUCCCUUUCUCUGAACGCCUCCGAGCCCAAGCAGACUGAGAAGCCUUUCCCGCUCCUGUCGCUCCCUAUCGAGCUGCGGCUCAAAGUCUACGACUUCCACUUUGCAAACGCAAUCACGGCGGGUCGUGUCGUCGAUCUCGAUCCGGACAACCACAAAACGAUGCGGAAACUCUUCGCCCUGUUCAAGACGUGCCGUACCGUGUACAACGAGGCGUCGCAUCACUACUACAGCACCAGGACCUUUCGCAUCUUCCCCACCCACCCCGGCCGAUUCUUCAAGACGAAGAAGCCCCUCCUCGCGCGUCUGAAAGCCGCCAAGCGGUCGCAGCUGACCUCGCUCGAGCUUCGCCUGGGCCCUGGCUGGAGUAAGCCGCCCCCGGGCUGGGUCGUCAAUCCGGCCCUGGGCCUCAAGGACUGCGUCAACGUCCGCCGCCUCACCGUCUUCGUCGAGUGCGACCCGGGCGAUAACGUGUUCAACGGGUUCCGGCGCGCCGACGGCUUCUACGAAUCCUUCUCCCGAGACUUGCUCAAGGACGUGCUGGCCGGGCUGCCGGGGGUGAAAGCCGUGCAUUUCGACGCGUGGUCCAGUGUGAAAAAGUCGGGGGCCAUGAUGCAGGGCCUCUUCGACGUGGUCUUGUCGCACGAUCGAGAGGUCCGCUGGGGACCGGAGCGGGGGUGGACCGGCGGCAUCGAUGGAGAGGAGGUCCAACAAGGGCACAGCAACUCGUCCAACGUUGUGCAGAUCCCUUCUCCCGUCCUGACGCUCCAGCCGUGGCAGGGACAGCUCGUUGCAGUGUAG